GCCUGGAAGUGGGAUUGUCUUUGUCACACGGUGACUUCAUGAACGAACCCCUCCCUGUCUUGCCAUUCACUCCGUUGCGGUGUUUUAUAGUGAGAGGUAAGGACUAAAAGAUGCGAAUGCACCGGGCUACUCCUUCAUCGGGAGGUGGAGAAUACCUGGAGAAUAAGGCUGCCAGCAAAGCUUUCCGAACACGUUCGUCUUAAGAUCUUUUCCCCUCAGCUGUUGGAGGCUGUCAGCAGGUCUCAACACAGCAUGCUAAGAUCAGUUCCCACACCAGAUCUAUGGUAAGUGGAGUGUGAGCUCCAGCAGCCACUAUGCCAUGUGUGUAAAGGACCAGUGGUGGUGUUGCGGCCCCAGGCGGGAUGCUGCAGAAAGCUGGUCAAUAUGAAUCUGCUGGACUUGUGGCUGUCGCGCUCCAUCCCCAUGUGCCUGCUCCUUCAGAGCCUUGUCCUUAUGGCCCUGUGCUUCCCUUCGGCCAGCAUGUGUCCAAAGGGCUGCAGUUGUCUACGUGACCCCCACCUCCAUGGUCUAAAUGUUACCUGCAGUCAGUCCCGUCUGAAAGAGAUUCCCCCCAACCUCCCAGUUGACACUGUCUUGCUGAGGCUGGACCACAACCAAAUAGGUGCUGUGCCCGAUCAAGCCUUCCGUGGACUUCGGCUUCUGAGGGAGCUGAACCUCUCUUAUAAUGCAGUGGAAACCUUAGGGGAAGGUUCCUUUAGUGGCAUAGAGGGGACAUUACAGGUGCUGGACCUUUCCCACAACCGCAUCACUAGCGUUCACAGGGAUGCUUUUGCUCGGCUUAAGGCACGCAUAAUUGUGGACGAUAAUCCCUGGCACUGUGACUGCGCCCUCCAGCAGGCCAUUGGUGGAAUGGCUCACAACCAUGAGGCUGCAGCCAGGGUCCUGUGUAGGAGCUCAGAAAUUCUGGAUCAAGAGGGUCGGCCUUUCUUGGCAGUGGACACCGACCUAUGUAACCUGGCAAAAAGGACCACAGACUAUGCCAUGCUGGUCACCAUGUUUGGUUGGUUUGCAAUGGUUAUAUCAUAUGUUGUCUACUACGUUCGUCAGAACCAGGAGGAUGCCCGGCGCCACCUGGAGUACCUCAAGUCUCUCCCCAGCAAGCCCAAGAAACCUGAUGAUGCUGAUGAUAUAAGUACUGUUGUCUGACAGCAGCAUUACCAUGACUCUUCAUAACAGAUUUAAGGAAAUGUUUACGUGACAGGACCCACAUUUAUAGUGUUUACUAUUUCAAACAUCAGUCUGUGUGAGCAUCAGAAGGUUUGUACUUUAGAACCUUUGUUGUAUGUCUUUACCAGGCUAAGAUUAUGUUUGGAGUGAAAUCGGGCAAGAAAUUAAGCACCCACACCAUCUUCAAACUAAAACAUUUUGAAAAACAUGAUCUCAGGUUGAAAUAUUAUUACGGUAAAGGAUUUUUAGAUAAUAAUUUGGAAUAUGGGGAAAAACUAUAUCUAGUUGUAAGGGAAGACACAAUAUACUGUUUUACCCAAAGCCCCUAUUUUUCAGUGUCAAACAGCAGAAAAGGGCCAGCUUCUAUUCUAUUUAAUUUACAUGGUGUUUUAAAAUUUGGGACGAAAAAUUUGGUGUGUCUCUCUCCUUGCCUUUAACUUUGUAGGCCUGUCUCUUGUAUAGAUACAUGUUUGCCGUGUUUUAUUGAAAAAUGUCAGCACAUUUGGGAAAUAACAUUGAAUCCUAAAAUACAAGGAAGCUAAUUCCUGCCAGAAGUAAAAUAAUGGAAAAGUUUUUUAUAUUUUUGAAAAUAUGUAUGUCAGAAUAUAUGCAGUUUCUUUGGUAUCAUAUCUGUUUUUCAUUAAUAUGUCUAUAUUGAUUGGAUGGAAGAUGUAGCUUUUAUUUCAAACAAGCACAGUCCUGAGUAUUUAGUUAUUUUUUGUCACAUUUCAAUGUUCAACAUUAUCUAACAAGGUUAACCUGAGUUAACACAACAUGCAGUUUUCAAAGGAUGAUUUUAUUUAUUAAUCGUAAAAAAUGAUCCAAACAAGUGUGGCUCUAGGUGAAAUAGUAAUGACCCCCUAAACUUAAAGGUGCAUUGCGCAAGUUUUGAAGUUAAAUAUUUAUUUUCUUUCCCAUGCAUGCCCUCACAAUUGUCCAUAGUGUAAAAUGGGUUAUCCUCUAUUUACCACAGUUGCCUCUAUAGGCUCCAUGUGUCAGUUUAUGAGAGAGCGAUUUGGGGCGAAUCCUCUGGAGGUGAGUGGGUGUGACUCGCUGCACACUCUCAUUCAUCUGACUACUUUGUUGAGUCUCCGCCGUAAUGAUGCAUUAACGGGAAAACACAGAACAACUUCAAUAUUUCUAGCUUUCUUACCUCAGAAGACAUUAUGCCUCUAAACAAAAGACCUGUGCAGUUGCAGCGGCAGAUACUUUUCCUCUCUCCCAUGCACGUGCACAACACUGGUGUCAUUUCAACUCGUCGUCAGGGGGGCAGAUGUCUUCAAAAAUCCUGGAACUUGCGCUAUGUUCCUUUAACAACUAGUUGUGCCACACUUGACAGCAACAACUGCCAUCAAGCCUCUGUGGGAAUGAGUCUUUUUCAUGAUUGUGGAGGAAUAUUGGCCCACUCUGCUUUGCAGAACUGGCUACAUUGGAGGGUUUUCCAUCAUGAACAGCCUGUUAUAGAUCACUCCAUAGCAUCUUAGUUGGAUUUAACUCUAUACUAGGCUACUCCAAAGCCCUCAUUUAGUUUUUUCAGACAUUUAAACCAAGUAGAGUUAAGCUUAAGGUCACAACCUGACGGUUGGAUGUUCUUCUUUGUUUUUUUUUUUUUUUGUAGCGAGCAGAAUUCAUGGCCUUAACCAAUUAUAAUAUUGGCAAGUCGUCCAUGUCCUAAAGCAGCAACGCAGCCCCAGACCGUCACACUACCACCAUGUGUGACUGUAGGUAUAGUGAUCUUUGUCCCAGCAGAUAUAAUGGGACGCACACCUUACUAAAUGAUCCACUUUGGUCUUACCAUUUCACAGAAUAUCUUUCCAAAAGCCUUAGAAAUCAUCAUGAUUUAUUUGGCAAAUGGUGAUGGGCUUUUGGUCU